AUGAAGUUGCUGGUGCGUAGUUCUUUCUACAGUUCAGUUCAGAUGUGUCUACCAGUGUUUCUUUCGUCCGGGGCAGCACCUCAAGGGUACGAUAUUUCGAAGCCGUCGGGACCUGGAUUUUCCUUUGGUUCCGGAGGUUCUAGUGGUUCCAAAGGAAGUGGAGGAGGUUCUUCCUCUGGUUCCGGAUAUUCUAAUGGAGGUGGAGGAUCUUCAGGAGGAUGCAGUGAGGGGGAAAUACUUCACGUGGACGGCACCUGCGUCGUCCCCGAAAUCACUAGAAACGUAUUUCUUUACGACGCACCUCAGCAAUCGCAAACUCCUGGAACUCCUCCAGAUAUACCACCACCAAAACUUGAUUAUAACAUCAUCUUCGUACGUCUUCCCGAUGGAGGAGCAGGGCCUGAACCCAUCAUUAUUCCUCCCCCAAGACAAGAGAAUAUUGUUUACGUCCUUAACAAGAAUGGAGGAGCAGGAGCCCAGCGUGUGAUAGAGGUUCCAACUCCACCGCCGUCUAAUCCUGAAGUUUAUUUUGUUAAUUAUGGAGAAGGAGAAAAUCCCACUCUCCCCAUUGGUGUUGACCUACAAACUGCUCUCAAUGCCGCUACGGAAGCCAGUGGUCAGGUAGUUGGAGGGGCAGCAGGAGGUCAAGGAGGCAGUGGGAAUAACGAAUACACAAGAGGAAAUAAUGGUAGUGGAGGUGGAUUUACGGGUAGUGGAGGAUAUGUUGGAGGCAACGGCGGACAAACAGGGAAUGCUUCUGGGGCUUCAGUUCGAGGCAGUUCUGCAGGGCAGCACUGGACUCCCGUCAAAGAGGCUGCUACUCCAUCCAGGCAUUAUUCAGGACCCUGA